AUGCAUCAGCUUUUUAACAGCAUACUGAAUGUGACCAAGGUGUUCCAGAAAUAUGCCCAGCAGAAUGGAGACAGUACUUCACUGAGCAAGGAGGAGUUGAAACAGCUGCUCUUGACUGAGUUUGGGGACAUCCUCCGGAGACCAAAUGACCCUGAGACUGUGGAAAAUAUUCUGACCCACUUAGACCGAGACAGAAACGGACACGUUGAUUUUCAUGAAUACCUCUUGUUGGUGUUCCAAUUGGCCCAAGCCUGUCAUCAUAAACUAGAUAAUAAGACACGUGGAGACAGAACCUUCCAGAAGGAAAGGGGGCAGGAAGAAACACAGAGCCAGAAGCUUCCAGGAAAAGGAAACACAGACAGACAACACAAGCAGAAGCAUGAGGAACAGAAGCAAAAAUCCCACUACAGUCAGUCUGAGAGACAAAGUCAGGAUACCCACUAUGGUCAGCCUCAGAGAGGAGAUAAGGACUCACACCAUAGUCAUUCUGAGAGACAAGAGACAGAUUCCCACUACGGUCAUUCUCAGAGACAAGAUAGGCAUUCCCACCAUGGUCAGUCACAGCAACUUGAUAAGGACUCCCACCAUGGUCAGUAUGAGAGCCUAGACAAGGAUUAUGGCUCUGAUCAGUCUGAGACAGAAGAUCAAGACUCAAGCUUUGAUCAACAACUGAGCCAUAAAUCUAGCAGUGGCCAGCCCGAAGGUCAAGGGUACAUCUUUGCCUUAAAUCAAUCUGACAAUCCAGCCCAGGAAUUUCCUUAUGGUCAGGCUGAAAAGUUUGAACAAAAACCAAAGUUACUAGAUCAGAGUUCUCACUAUGGUCAGAAAGGCAGACCAGGCCAGAGUUCUCAUUAUGGCCAGACAGACAGACAAGGACAGAGUUCCCACCAUGGUCAGAAAGACAGACAAGGGCAAACUUCCUACCAUGGUCAGAAAGACAGACAAGGGCAAACUUCCCACCAUGGUCAGACAGACAGACAAAGACAGAGCUCUCACUAUGGUCAGACAGACAGACAAGGGCAGAGUUCUCACCAUGGUCAGACAGACAGACUGGACCAGAGUUCUCACUAUGGUCAGAAAGGCAGACCAGGCCAGAGUUAUCAUUAUGGCCAGACAGACAGACAAGGACAGAGUUCUCAUUAUGGCCAGACAGACAGACAAGGACAGAGCUCUCACUAUGGUCAGACAGACAGACAAGACCAGAGUGCUCAUUAUGGUCAGACAGACAGACAAGGGCAGAGUUCCUACCAUGGUCAGACAGACAGUCAAGGACAGAGCUCUCACUAUGGUCAGACAGACAGACAAGACCAGAGUUCUCACUAUGGUCAAAAAGGCAGACCAGGCCAGAGUUAUCAUUAUGGCCAGACAGACAGACAAGGACAGAGUUCCCACCAUGGUCAGAAAGACAGACAAGGACAGAGCUCUCACUAUGGUCAGACAGACAAACAAGGGCAGAGUUCUCUCCAUGGUCAGACAGACAGACAAGGACAGAGCUCUCACUAUGGUCAGACAGACAGACAAAGCCAAAGUUUUCAUUAUGGUCAGACAGACACUCAAGGGCAGAGUUCCUACCAUGGUCAGACAGACAGACAAGACCAGAGUUCUCACUAUGGUCAGAAAGGCAGACCAGGCCAGAGUUCUCAUUAUGGCCAGACAGACAGACAAGAACAGAGUUCCCACCAUGGUCAGACAGACAGACAAGGACAGAGCUCUCACUAUGAUCAGACAGACAGACAAGACCAGAGUUCUCACUAUGGUCAGAAAGACAGACAAGGACAGAGCUCUCACUAUGGUCAGACCCAGGUCGGGGAAACUGAAAUUCGCAGACAAAACAGAAGAGACUCUUACGGUGAGCAAGCUGGAAAGCCGCGGAGACUAAGCCAACCGACUUCAGGACAAGAUGGGACUCAGAAGCAGAGGCAAGGACUCCAGUCGAGGGAGGAGCGCCAGGCGUGGGCUCCCCAGGAAGACGACCACCACAAUGUGCUAGUGCGCAUGCAUCAAGAAGAGCAGUGCUCCCGUGAAGACGGAGGCUGGCAGUGGGGAGCCGGUGAACGAGACCCCAGCCAAGACCAGACCAGGCAGAGCCAGGAUAUGGAGCCAGGCCACCGAGUCGAGGAAGAUCAGGGCAUCCAAAGCUUGGAUAGACACAGUGUUGAGGAUGAGGAGAGUCUACGUGACAUGCAGGAAGGACAAACCCGUGAAGAUGGGCACCAGAAACGGCACAGAGCGACUCGUGAAGGAAGCCCACAUCACCCACAGCAGGGUAGACACACGCAUGGAGACAAGAAGAGUCACCAGAGCCAAGACGAGAAAACCAACCAAGAGGAUCAAAGGCACCAGCAACAGUGGGGUAGAAAGACUCAUGAAGAAAAGGGGAGGCACCAAGAAACCCAGCAUCAAAAAUCCAAAGGCCACCCGAACCGAGAACCAACCCACGUGCAUAGAGACGGCCAGAGCCAAGGCUCGCAGGGAAGACACUUCCAUCCCCCGCAGAGUGGCAGGAGGCCCCAAAGGCAAGAGCAAGGUGGCAGUCACCCUGCCGGGGCAGCUAGCGCGCCCAGCCCCUUCUACGACUACGUACGAGAGCAGACGUCGUACCAGUGCGAGGCUGUGCAAGCGCCCGAGCGAAACUAA